CUUGCCUUCAGUCAUCGAGGAGAAGAGAUAGGGGGAGGACGCGCAGUUCUUCUCUCCCUCUCUCUUUCUCCCUGCCCCCUCUCCCUCUCUCUUGUCUGUUUCUCCCUCUCCUCUACAUAUUAUCUUUUUUUUUAUUUCUCUGUUUCCCUCUGGUGCUUUUGUUUAUUUUUAACAUAAAGGACCAGCAACCAUGAUUGCGGGCGGAGUACGGGGACGGAUGGCGCUGCAGCUGGUGAUGGUGGCGAUGGUGGUGCUGCUGCUGACAUCACUGGCACUCUUCACCCUCGAUAUCUCCCCGUCCUUCACGAAGGUGUUAAUGAAGAUGGAAGACUUGGAGGGAGCCAUGAAGGACAGACUCAGUGUGGACGUGGUGUCGACGCGUCACUCCGCCGUGGAUGAUGUUGUGGUGUCCCUGGAGCAAAUCAUGAAGGCACCUGUCUCUCUUAACCAAGACGACAGCAGGUUGAUACAGAGGAUACGGGCCAAAUACCUCCUUCCUCCCUCCACCCAGCCCUACUCCCUCUCCUCAUCCAACUCUGAUCCUUCAAUGGGACAGAGUAAGCAGAUCAGACUCAUCCUGGGAGACAAGGUAAAGGAGGGCGGGUUCUUCGUGGAGUGUGGUGCCCUGGACGGUGAGACGCGCUCCAACACACUCGUCUUUGAAAAGGAGUACGGGUGGCGCGGGGUUCUCAUCGAAGGCGACCCUAAGAACUUCGAGCUGGUGAGGAGGAAGAACCGAAGGGCGUGGGCUGUGAAUGGCUGCCUCAGUACUUCUCCGUAUCCCAACGUGGUAAUGUUCAAGCAGAGUUUCAACGUGGGUAAGAUUAGCAAUUUGGAGACUGGCCAGAACAAGACAGGGUAUGCCGAGGUGCAGUGCUUGCCUCUCUACUCCAUCCUGCUGGCUCUCAACACAACCACGGUGGACUACUUCAGUUUGGAUGUGGAGGGCGCCGAGAUGCGGGUGCUCAAGACGAUACCGUGGGACAAAGUGAACAUAAAAACGCUGUCGGUGGAGUUCAUUCACGGCGGGGAGGGAAAGGACGCCCUCAGGAGGUACAUGGAGGGCCGGGGCUACCGUGUCUUCUCCGAGGUCACACAUCCGGGCUGGCUAGCUAAUGAUUUUAUAUUCGCCAAGAAAGAAUUACUAGCAAAUAGACCAGAAAGUACAUAAAGCGUUAGUGUGUGUGUGUGUGUGUGUGUGUGUGUGUGUGUGUGUGUGUGUUGCUCACUUGUUUGUGGUGCUAAGCUCGUGGUUUUAAGGGAAGGCAGGUGAAAAUAAAAGGGGUGUUUAGGGCAGUUAGGGUUAGUUUUUAGGACAUUUUUGGGUUUUGUAAGGUUGUAUGGGUGUAUGUGUUUGGUUUGUGUGUGUGUGUGUGGUUAGGUAGAGGGACCAGCACAGCCACUCAGUACACACACACAUACACACACACACACACACACACACACAAACCUCCCAUAUUUAUCACAGCUUCCGUUUUUUAUUAUUAUUAUUUAUACCUUGUUACUUGUUUUUAAUGUUUUCUACCUUAGCAGUGUUAGGUAGCGUGGUGGGUGUAGUCGUGUAAGUGUUAGCAAUAGACAGGGGCUGUUCUACCCGCACUGAUGGGGAUGGGAAGCUUGAGUGUCAGGGAUCAGGGUUGGUGGGUCUCGGUUGAAGGCGAUGGGUCAGUCUGUGGUGCAAAGUGCAAGGCAACAGAAAAUGGAAAGGUACGGUGCGUUCAGUCAUUCCUAAUCAUAUUUUUUAUCUAUUUAUCUAUUUAUUUAUUUGUUUAUUUAUUUAUUUUUUUACCGAUGGUGGAUAAUUAGUUUUUUUUUUUUAGUUUUGUGUUACGUAGAGUAAGAAUGAGAGUUUGGAAAUAUAAAUACUGAAAAGUGAGUAAGAAAACUGAGGAAAUGAGUACAGCUUUGUUCUUCGGUUUAUCAAGGAAGAAAAUGUUGAGCUGUCAGAAAUUUUAUUGGUUUAUUACAUUUGUUGACAAGUUAGAGAUUAUAUAUAUAUAUAUGUAUAUAUAUAUAUAUAUAUAUAUAUAUAUAUAUAUAUAUAUAUAUAUAUAUAUAUAUAUAUAUAUAUAUAUAUAUAUAUAUAUAUAAUUUUUUUUUUUUGCAAUAAUUAUAUAUUUGGAUUUUUCUUCAUUUUAGAUAUUAAAGCGCUUCCAUUCAGCAUUAUGAUAAACUUUUUUUUUUUGGCGUAAUGUAACAUUUGAACGCUUCUUAGUCACUAUAAUACAUUUAGACACUGUUUUCCGUAUUGUGACACUUACAUAUAUGAACACUUUCCUUUUUGUCAUUAUAUUUUAUAGAAACAGUUUUUUCUGUGUCAUGUGUUCAUAUGUAUAAGAACACUUUCUUUUGUCAUAGCAACAUAUUUGAACAUUUCUCCUUCACCAUAAUACCAUGCUUGUCAGUGUAGGUAUAUUGAAACACUGUACUUGGUCAUUUUGUUCCUCCGUCACAGUACAGUGAAUCAGACACACAUUUCCUGCCAUCAGAGUUACAGUUACUGAAGUAUUGAUGUGUACUAAGUUGCAAUUUACUUUCUCUGAAGUGGGUUAGCGAGUGAGUGAGAAGGAAGACAGUGCUUUGUUUUGAUGUUACUUAUAAUUCUUGCCUUAGCGUUAAGUGACUGCUUCUUUUCCUGUUGUAUUUAUAUUUAUUGCUUCACUGGAGGAGUCAAGCUAAGUGUUCAAGUCUCGGGGUUCCCAGAAAGGCGACCUGAGAACCACUUCCUUUGGCGGCGAGAAUCGAUUGUGAUUGAAGUGCGUACAGUGAGUGAGAGAGAGAGAGAGAGAGAGAGAGAGAGAGAGAGAGAGAGAGAGAGAGAGAGAGAGAGAGAGAGAGAGAGAGAGAGAGAGAGAGACAU